AUGACACUAAAGUUAUUGCUUAUCUUUUUGGCCUUUCAGUCGACUGGAUAUGGAUUUUGGCGAAACUCGGAUGAUCCAAAACAAUUGCUCAUUCACAGCAAAAAGCUCAUUGCUAAUGAGUUGAAUCGAUGCUCACCGAAAAGUCGAUUUACCGAAGAAGAUUUGACGAGAAUAAUGGGGAAAAAUUUGAGGAGACAUUGGAAUGCAUUAAGAAUGGAUCUUCUCACAAAAGCAAAUGAAGAGGAUUAUUCAAAAAUGGAAUCAUGUCUCAACCAUGUACACCAUCAUUUACAGAAAUUACAUCGACAAUUGAGGAAAGCCGAGAAAAAUGGAAAUGAGAAAAGAUCUCAUCGAAAUCAUCAUCAAGAUGGAGUCUCAAGAACAGAGAAACUCUCUCGAAACUCACGAAGUCUUGAUAGUUCAACAUCCGAAUUGAUCCCUCACCAAGUCGAACAUCCGAUUGAUUUGACACAAAAACAGUUGGAAUGGAUGGGACUUAAAGAGAAAGCGACACUGCAAAGAUUUCGUCGAACAAAUCCAACAAAAUGGGAAAUUCUCAUCAAAACCGGUCAAAUCUUCUAUCACUCAAGAAAAGAUAUCCGCAAGAAGUCUCAGAAAUCUCUUGAGGAGUACUGUAAAACAAAUCUCGGGAAAUUGAUUGGUGAGGAAAAUCUCCAAGAGAUAAAGGAAAUGUUAGCUGAAAGCGCAACUGUUGAGAAAAUCGAAGCGAAAUUCGCGGAAAUUGUUGGUGAAUUGACAAAUGAAAAAGAUCGAACAAAUGCUGAGCAUUAUGGACAAUUCUGUCGAAAAGUAUUCCGAAUUGUUCAUUUCAAACCGGGCAGUAUCAUUCAAUGGUUGAAUUCAAAUCAAAAGAUGCAAAUUAUGGGAAUGAUACAAGAUCCAAAUAUUGGAGAUGGACAAGUUUAUGAUAAAAUCUUUGACUUCUACAAUUCAACAACGGGUGAUGCAAGAGAGACAGCCAGAGAAAUGAUCGAUAAUGGUUGUCGGCGUUUUAUUGCACACACGUUUGGAGAAGAUGUUGAAGAGGAAAUCGAUGUAGCUCUUCAACAUGGGAACUCUUCAAAACAACAGCUUGCUGCCAAAUUGGCUAUCCAUGGGGAACAAAUUCAAGAUGAUCGAAGUAGGAAACUUGUUGUAGAUUCUCUUCCAAUUUGUACGCGAAUCUACAUCGGAUUCGAUUAUUCAUGUGAAUGUAAUGGUAAAUCAGAUGAAUGUCAUCCGUCAACAUACACUUGCAUUAAUUGUGGAGGAAAUACUUUUGGGAUUCAAUGUGAACAAUGUUUGGAUGGAUACCAAAGAACUCCAACUGGAGAUUGUGCAAAUACGGAAACAAGUGACACAAAUCGUGAGCAAGAAGAUGAAAAUGAGAAGCCACAGAAGAAAUGUGAAUGCAAUGGACAUUCGGAAACAUGCAGUAAAUUGGGGAAAUGUUUGAAUUGUGAUGACAACACAGAUGGGGAUCGGUGUGAGAUGUGUAUUCCGGGAUAUUAUGGAGAUCCACGAGCAGGGACAUCAACUGAUUGUACACCAUGUCCCUGUCCAGACAAUGGUGAAUGUCAAGUGAAUGAUUCGGGCCUUGUUGAAUGUCUUCAAUGUCCAGCUGACAAAACUGGAAUCACAUGUGAAAAAGACGUCAAAAAAGAUUCCAAAGAAGAGAAAGAAGAAAGGAAUCGUUUU